AUGAGAUUAGACAAUUCAAAAAGAAAAUCGAAGAACAAAAUAUACUCAUUGCAGAACAGGACGAUGAUAUUUACAUGCUACGGAAUGACAUGACGAGGAGAGAUGUGUCUUACCAAUCAGAUAAGACAGAGUGGGAAAGACAGGCCAGAGAAAGGACUGAGGAAUAUGAGGAGCGACUCCGUUCAAUGGCCAGAAAACUUAAAGAAUCGGAGAAUAUGUUAGAUGAUGAACAGAAGAGCAGACUUGUUUCAGCUUCCAGCAAAAAGAAAUUGGAAGGGGAGUUGGGUGCUCUGUCCUCAGCUAUGGCACAGCUUGAGUCUGAGAGAGAUAACUUGCUCAAACAAAACAAAAAACUUGGAAGUGGAUUGAAAGAGGCCCUGAGAGAGUCCACUGAGGCACAUGCUCGUGCUGAACAACAUUCUGCCAAUUUAGUGCAAAGUCAGACCAAAGUCAAAUCUUUGACGAACGAAUUGGAAGAAGCUCUGAACACUGCCGGCUCUCUUGAACAAAUUAAAAAGGCAUUGCAGGAGGAGAGAGAUCAGUACAAGGACGAGUCCACAUAUAAAAACACCCGAUUAUCCUCUCUACAACAAGAGCUUGCACAAUAUAAGAGAACUGUUAGCAGUCUACAAUCCGAGUUGGAGGAAGAAGUCAACAGCCAUGAAGAGUUGGAGGAGCUCGUUCGCAGAGUUCAGUCGCAACACGAACAGUCAUGUCAAGAACUGGCAGUUGAGAGAAAUAAGGCCGUCAGAGCUGGAGAUCUGCUCUCUACAUCUGAGAGACAAAACAGAGACCUCAAGAAUCGAAUUGCUGUUUUGGAAGAGGACUAUGCACGAUCAAAGACAAGUGCUUCCGCUGUUCAGGUCCUUGAACAGAAAGUCGCCAAAGUUGAGGCACUCUUGGAAUCUGAGUCGAGGUUGUUAUGCUGUAAUAAGAAUUCCAGAGAUCGAGAAAGUGCUCUUCGUUCCGUGAGGUCUUUGGAAAGGAAACUAAGAGAAUCACAACAAAAUGUCGAGGACGAGCAUAGAAUGGUCGAAUCGUUCAAAUCGCAAGUGGAUAUGGCCAAUUCGAGAAAUAAAUUGUUGAAGCGAAAUAUGGAUGAAGCUGACGACGAGUUGAAUGCAAUGAGAAGUAAGUUAAGGAAGGUGCAGAAUGAAAGAGAUGAGUUGGUCGAGUCAGUGGAAAUAUUACAGCGUGAAAUUGCACAGAAAUCCAGAUAUGCGUUUGUGUUGGAUUUUAAUUUUUAA